AUGUGGAGUCUCGUGCAGUUGCUAGUGGACUACCUCGCGCCCAUAUUUUUAGUCUUGUCGCCCAUCACAUCCUAUGCCGAUCAAAUCGCAUCAAUACACCGGAAAAAGUCCUGCGAUGGCUUCUCCCUCGACAUUCCCCUCAUCAUGCUGGUUGCGUCGAUUCUCAAGGUCUUCUACUGGUUCGGCGCCUACUAUGACAAGUCGCUGCUUAUCCAGGCUUCGCUCAUGAUCAUCGUGCAACUCAUCCUCUUAAAGGUCGCGCUCGACAACCGAGCACCCUCCAGUGGGAGCGAAAAAGGCGGAGUGGGGCAUACACCAUUUCAUGGGUAUACACAUAACAGCCCCGGACACAAGGGCAUGCUGUGGGAUUUUUUGAUGGAAGGGAGGAGGCCAUUUGGGUUCUGGCAGUGGAAUGCCACAAAGUCGUACUUUGUCUUCCUGGGGUACUUCAGCACGACCCUCCUCUUCAUCCACAUUUUUUUGCCGUUUCUCUCCCGGACUCCUUUCUACAUCACAUUCCUUGGCUACGUCGGACUCGCGGUCGAGGCGAUCCUCCCUGUCCCCCAAAUCCUCAAAAAUCACCGUGCCCGGUCUUGCAAAGGGUUCCGCCUCUCAGUAAUCAUCAACUGGCUGGCCGGCGACGCCAUGAAAAUGAGUUAUUUCUUUCUCAGCAAAGAGUAUAUUCCCUGGCCGUUUCGUCUCUGCGGCAUCUUCCAGGCUUGUUGCGAUUCGUAUCUGGGGUUGCAAUUCUGGAUGUAUGGGCAGGGGCCGGCCGGCAUGAGAGAGGAAGUCCCGAUGGCUAACGUUGGAGCCGGUUCAAUGGGCAAUGCUGGAUUCUCUGGGUGA